AUGCGUCGAACUAGGAGCCAUAAACCUCAUUUUGGUGGCUUGUCGGGGGCGACAACUGAAAGAGGGACAGCAUCAGUAGUGCCAUGGAUGACGAUGCUGUUCCUCGUUCACUCCAACUUCGUCCUCGCGACCCACACGGUGUUCCUGGAGACAAACAUGAAGGAAGCGUGGACCGUUCUAUUGAGUGCAGGCAGUAGCAGUAGCAAUAGCAGCAGCAGCGGUGGAGGGGGGGCGAGGGAGAUCGUGGACACGAUGCUAGCGGACUGCCAUGGCCGCAAGAGCGAGGGCUGGGGGGCGGAGUGUGACCGCGCGUUGUAUCUGGAGACCGUGCUCAAGAAGAUCGAUAGCAGCAGCAGUGCGGGUUCAAUUUUCGCUACAGGCGCUGGUGCGACUGCUGAGGACACGCAGCAGCAGCAGCAGGUGGCGCUGGAUUCGGCUGCCAAUGAGAUCGCCGUGAUUUAUGAAGCGGAGCUCCCUUUCUCGGCGUUCUUCCAUGAGUACGCAGUGCCCCGACGCCCGGUGGCGAUACUCUCGGGAGGCGGUGGGGUCGGCGGCAGCGGCAAGCCGGCAGAUGCUGCGGAUGGCAAAGAACAAGGCGAUCUCGGCGACCAAGCCAUGGAUACCGCUCAACAGGACGGGGAGGAGGAGAACGGGCAACAACGUGUCCAGGAUCUAAUCUUGAGCGGGAUAGAAUCUUGCUUGCCACACUCGGUGGAUCCAGCGUUGGGGACGGUGGAUGGACCCCUGCGUGCGUGCCACGACUCGUUGCUGGAGAGCUUGCCAAUCCCACGCUACGCUUCCGAGGACUUCGUGCAGAGGUUUCGGGGACAGGACGUGCUUCCGGUCGGGGAACAUGCCGAGGUUGAGCGCUUCGUGUCUGGCUGGCAGCGCAUACACCGUACCCGUCCUGGCGCGUACACCCCACCGACCGCUUGUCCCGCGGGGGCGAAUACCCUCAUCACCGUCAUGUCAGGAACUCUCCAGGUGUUGGUCUACUCGUCGGCCGACAAAUUGCCCAGCCUCAAACCAACGUUUGGCAACGCGCCGUGCCCUCCUGUUCCGUCUCGUACGUCUGCCGGGGACGAUGGUGAUUCAAAGUCCAGCAAGUCCGAAGGCGAUGAACACGAGAACAACGGCGACGAAGAACGGUUUGAUGUCGACAACGGUACUGGCGAGGAGAAGGAACGGGAAGAGCACCGCAGCGGUUCGGGGCAUGCAGAGGAAACUACCACAAGCACCGUGUUGAAUCCUACUCGUGAGCCGCUAGAGGAGGGGUUUGGGCUGGAGAGGACAGUGGCAGAUCAACAGAAGCAGAACUUCUCGAUGGAGAGCUCGUUGAACGAAGCACGGGUCAAGGACGAGACGGAGGAUACGAGCUCUAGCGCUAAGAAGGAGGAACCCCAGACACUUGACGCUUCCGACAAUACGUCGAACGGCCACAGGCGAUACUCUCACCACCCUUCGGAGAGUCAUUACUGGCCCCACGAGCCCAAAUACUGCGCCGACGUCUGGCGGGAAGACAGCGAGGACAACAGCAUUGUCACAAGGUAUGUGGUGAUUGCCCUGCGGUAUACGCGCCGAGCAGUCGAUAUCAAUCUACCCUUCUGGCCUACGUACCUAGAGGUUCCCCCUUACCAUUGGCGUCCGCGUCUUCUCCACGUCGAUGUCAACGCGAUCUUCGCCGUACACAAGGUCCUCGGUCUCACGUUGCCCACCCUCGACAAACCGAGAGUGACGGCUUGCGAGCGCACGGCAUGCACCGUUGAGUGGACCAGCAGCUUCGUCAAGCAAGGCCAAGACCAGACGAGGCUCGGGUUUAACUUGUCCUUCGUCCCGGCGGCGACGACUAACGCCUCGAGCAACGCUGCUGGCCACGGCAGCCGGGGCGGCGGGUACAUGGAGGCGAGUGGACCAGGGGUGUUUGCCCCGAGGGAAGACAAGAAAUGCUGCUGUAUUUGGCAUCAGCACACCGUUGUCAUCAUCAGUUUAGCACGAGGGCGGUUCAAUUAA